CAGUCCUCUACCCCUGCGUGGCGUACGACUGUGGGCCCCAGCGCGCUCGGAAUAAAAAUCCUCUUGCUGUUUGCAUCAAGACCGCUUCUCAAUAUGAACUCUGGGGAGGACUAACUGGAGUGUCCAUGAAGCUUUGCCAGCUCUCAAGGCAGGAGGGGCUCCAGCAGGUGGAGCACAGGGGGCUCUUCCAUUGGCUGCAGCUCCAGCCCCACCUCCUUUCCCAGCACUUAAACCUCCAGCCCCAGUGACUCUCCAGUGGGCAGCAAGGGGACCUCUGCACUCUCAGAGGCAAAGAGCAGCACACACGGCUGAAGGGACGCUCAGAGGAGGGAACCCCAGAGGACGGUGGCCAUGGACCUGAUCCCAAGCUUUUCUGUGGAAACCUGGCUGCUUCUGGCUACCAGCCUGGUGCUCCUCUAUCUAUAUGGGACCUAUUCACACGGACUUUUUAAGAAGCUGGGGAUUCCCGGGCCGAAACCUCUGCCUUAUUUUGGAAGUGUUCUAGAAUACCGUAAGGGCAUGUGGCAUUUUGACAAUAAAUGUUUUAAAAAGUAUGGGAAAAUGUGGGGGUUUUAUGACGGUAGACAGCCUGUGCUGGCUAUGAGAGACCCAGAAAUGAUCAAAGCAGUGCUUGUGAAAGAAUGUUACUCGGCUUUCACAAAUCGGCGGAAUUUUGGUCCAGCGGGAGUUAUGAAAAAUGCCAUCUCUGUGGCUAAGGAUGAGCAAUGGAAGCGAGUACGAACAUUGCUGUCUCCAACCUUCACCAGUGGAAAGCUCAAAGAGAUGUUCCCCAUCAUUGCCCAGUAUGGAGAUAUGCUGGUGAGGAACCUGAGGAAGGAAGCAGAGAAAGGCAAUUCCAUCAACACGAAAGAAAUCUUUGGGGCCUACAGCAUGGACGUGAUCACAAGCACAGCAUUUGGAGUGAACGUCGAUUCCCUCAACAACCCACGAGACCCCUUUGUACAAUAUGCCAGGAAGCUCCUAAGAUUUGAUUUCCUCGAUCCAUUUAUUCUCUCAAUAAUAUUAUUUCCAUUCCUCAGCCCAUUCUUUGAAGUAUUAGACAUCACUUUGUUUCCAAGAAGUUCUGUGAAAUUUUUCACACAGUCUGUAAAAAGGAUGAAAGAAAGUCGCCUCAAAGAUCAACAAAUGCGCCGAGUGGACCUUCUUCAGCUGAUGAUUAACUCCCAGAAUUCCAAAGAAACGGAUGCCCAUAAAGCUCUGUCUGAUCAAGAACUUGUGGCCCAAAGUAUUAUCUUCAUUUUUGCCGGCUAUGAGACCACUAGCAGUUCUCUCUCCUUCCUGGCGUAUAUACUGGCCACUCACCCUGACGUCCAGCAGAAGCUGCAGGAGGAGAUUGAUGCGACCUUCCCCAGCAAGGCCCUUCCCAGCUACGAUGCCCUGGCACAGAUGGAGUACCUUGACAUGGUGGUGAAUGAAAUUCUCAGAUUAUACCCAAUUGCUGCUAGACUUGAGAGGGUCUGUAAGAAGGAUGUGGAAAUCCAUGGCGUGUCCGUUCCCAAGGGGACCGUGAUGAUGGUACCGGUUUUCUCGAUUCACAGAGACCCAGAGCUCUGGCCGGAGCCUGAGGAGUUCCGCCCUGAAAGGUUCAGUAAGAAGAACAAGGACUCCAUAAACCCUUACACUUACCUGCCCUUUGGGACUGGACCCCGCAACUGCAUUGGCAUGAGGUUUGCCCUCAUGAACAUGAAACUCGCUCUCGUCAGAGUCCUGCAGAACUUCUCCUUCAAACCUUGUAAAGAAACACAGACGACCCUGAAACUAAGCUCUCAAGGACUUAUACAACCAGAAAAACCCAUUCUUCUGAAGGUUGUGCCCAGAGAUGGGACCGUAGGUGGAGCCUGACUUUCCCAAAGGACUUGGGCUUGGUUCCUCAAGGAAGCUGCACCCCAGAGCAUCAGAGACCUUGACUUUCUUUGUGAUAAGAACUCGAAAUAAAGAUAAGCUUCAUCUAGUGCAUUUGAUGGA